AUGAAGUUUCAACUUACUAUCCUUACUCUGGCCGUCUUGGCCUUUGCAAAGCCUCAGGCGCCUCCUGAUCCAGCUCCAGCUCCCCCUGAUCCCGCCCCAGCUCCUCCUGACCCUGCUCCAAGCCCGCCUUCAACCUCUGAGCCGCCUGCUCCUCCUCCUGACCCCCCAGCUCCGGCACCUCCAGCACCUCCUCCCGUCCCUCCUCCGGCUGAUCCUCCCGCCGAACCGUCUCAACCCCCCCCUCCUCCACCGCCGCCUCCGUCCGGACCAGCUCCUGUUCCUCCCCCAGCUACUCCGGCCCCGGCCCCGGCCCCUCCUCCGGACCCAAGUCCCCCUCCGCCUCCGAGUUCAACCGCUGAGCCUCCUCCUCCCGAGGGACCGAUCUGCGAAUGCGGCUACACUUACUGCUCCUCAGUCCUCAAGACCAUGGAUAACCCGUGGAAUGAGGAUCAACUCUCGCAGGCAUACUGCAGCACGCCCAAUGUGAAAUGCGACGGCGAAUCACCAGCCAGCAGCAUAGACAAUGCCCUGUUCAUCUGCCUCUGCGACCAGCCUAGCCAGAAAAUCGGAAACCAUCUCGAGUUUCUCUGCGGCUGCGAUAAGUGUCUCGUCGUCAAGCCCGACUACAGAGGAAGAUGCAAGACGCCCCCGUUAGCUGGAUCCAAGGGCGGCAAGGGUGAUGGGAAGGGCAACAAGGUCAGAGGAACCAAUCCCCUCGGCUUCUGGAUGUAG